UCCCCUGUUGGUCAGUAUACUUUACUCUGUCUGUCAUCAUGUCCCCUGUUGGUCAGUAUACUUUACUCUGUCUGUCAUCAUGUCCCCUGUGGUGGCAGCCGUCUCUGUUGGUCAGUAUACUUUACUCUGUCUGUCAUCAUGUCCCCUGUGGGUCAGUAUACUUUACUCUGUCUGUCAUCAUGUCCCCUGUGGGUCAGUAUACUUUACUCUGUCUGUCAUCAUGUCCCCUGUUGGUCAGUAUACUUUACUCUGUCUGUCAUCAUGUCCCCCGUGGUGGCAGCCGUCUCUGUGGGUCAGUAUACUUUACUCUGUCUGUCAUCAUGUCCCCUGUGGUGGCAGCCGUCUCUGUGGGUCAGUAUACUUUACUCUGUCUGUCAUCAUGUCCCCCCGUGGUGGCAGCCGUCUCUGUGGGUCAGUAUACUUUACUCUGUCUGUCAUCAUGUCCCCUGUGGGUCAGUAUACUUUACUCUGUCUGUCAUCAUGUCCCCCCGUGGUGGCAGCCGUCUCUGUGGGUCAGUAUACUUUACUCUGUCUGUCAUCAUGUCCCCCCGUGGUGGCAGCCGUCUCUGUGGGUCAGUAUACUUUACUCUGUCUGUCAUCAUGUCCCCCCGUGGUGGCAGCCGUCUCCGUGGGUCAGUAUACUUUACUCUGUCUGUCAUCAUGUCCCCCGUGGUGGCAGCCGUCUCUGUGGGUCAGUAUACUUUACUCUGUCUGUCAUCAUGUCCCCUGUUGGUCAGUAUACUUUACUCUGUCUGUCAUCAUGUCCCCCCGUGGUGGCAGCCGUCUCUGUGGGUCAGUAUACUUUACUCUGUCUGUCAUCAUGUCCCCCGUGGGUCAGUAUACUUUACUCUGUCUGUCAUCAUGUCCCCUGUGGUGGCAGCCGUCUCUGUGGGUCAGUAUACUUUACUCUGUCUGUCAUCAUGUCCCCCCGUGGUGGCAGCCGUCUCCGUGGGUCAGUAUACUUUACUCUGUCUGUCAUCAUGUCCCCCCGUGGUGGCAGCCGUCUCCGUGGGUCAGUAUACUUUACUCUGUCUGUCAUCAUGUCCCCCGUGGUGGCAGCCGUCUCUGUGGGUCAGUAUACUUUACUCUGUCUGUCAUCAUGUCCCCUGUGGUGGCAGCCGUCUCUGUGGGUCAGUAUACUUUACUCUGUCUGUCAUCAUGUCCCCCGUGGUGGCAGCCGUCUCUGUGGGUCAGUAUACUUUACUCUGUCUGUCAUCAUGUCCCCUGUGGGUCAGUAUACUUUACUCUGUCUGUCAUCAUGUCCCCUGUGGGUCAGUAUACUUUACUCUGUCUGUCAUCAUGUCCUCUGUGGGUCAGUAUACUUUACUCUGUCUGUCAUCAUGUCCCCUGUGGGUCAGUAUACUUUACUCUGUCUGUCAUCAUGUCCCCUGUGGGUCAGUAUACUUUACUCUGUCUGUCAUCAUGUCCCCUGUGGGUCAGUAUACUUUACUCUGUCUGUCAUCAUGUCCCCUGUUGGUCAGUAUACUUUACUCUGUCUGUCAUCAUGUCCCCCGUGGUGGCAGCCGUCUCUGUGGGUCAGUAUACUUUACUCUGUCUGUCAUCAUGUCCCCUGUGGUGGCAGCCGUCUCUGUGGGUCAGUAUACUUUACUCUGUCUUUCAUCAUGUCCCCCCGUGGUGGCAGCCGUCUCUGUGGGUCAGUAUACUUUACUCUGUCUGUCAUCAUGUCCCCUGUGGGUCAGUAUACUUUACUCUGUCUGUCAUCAUGUCCCCUGUGGGUCAGUAUACUUUACUCUGUCUGUCAUCAUGUCCCCCCGUGGUGGCAGCCGUCUCUGUGGGUCAGUAUACUUUACUCUGUCUGUCAUCAUGUCCCCCCGUGGUGGCAGCCGUCUCCGUGGGUCAGUAUACUUUACUCUGUCUGUCAUCAUGUCCCCCGUGGUGGCAGCCGUCUCUGUGGGUCAGUAUACUUUACUCUGUCUGUCAUCAUGUCCCCUGUUGGUCAGUAUACUUUACUCUGUCUGUCAUCAUGUCCCCCCGUGGUGGCAGCCGUCUCCGUGGGUCAGUAUACUUUACUCUGUCUGUCAUCAUGUCCCCCCGUGGUGGCAGCCGUCUCCGUGGGUCAGUAUACUUUACUCUGUCUGUCAUCAUGUCCCCCGUGGUGGCAGCCGUCUCUGUGGGUCAGUAUACUUUACUCUGUCUGUCAUCAUGUCCCCUGUGGUGGCAGCCGUCUCUGUGGGUCAGUAUACUUUACUCUGUCUGUCAUCAUGUCCCCCGUGGUGGCAGCCGUCUCUGUGGGUCAGUAUACUUUACUCUGUCUGUCAUCAUGUCCCCUGUGGGUCAGUAUACUUUACUCUGUCUGUCAUCAUGUCCCCUGUGGGUCAGUAUACUUUACUCUGUCUGUCAUCAUGUCCUCUGUGGGUCAGUAUACUUUACUCUGUCUGUCAUCAUGUCCCCUGUGGGUCAGUAUACUUUACUCUGUCUGUCAUCAUGUCCCCUGUGGGUCAGUAUACUUUACUCUGUCUGUCAUCAUGUCCCCUGUGGGUCAGUAUACUUUACUCUGUCUGUCAUCAUGUCCCCUGUUGGUCAGUAUACUUUACUCUGUCUGUCAUCAUGUCCCCUGUGGGUCAGUAUACUUUACUCUGUCUGUCAUCAUGUCCCCUGUGGGUCAGUAUACUUUACUCUGUCUGUCAUCAUGUCCCCUGUGGGUCAGUAUACUUUACUCUGUCUGUCAUCAUGUCCUCUGUGGGUCAGUAUACUUUACUCUGUCUGUCAUCAUGUCCCCUGUGGGUCAGUAUACUUUACUCUGUCUGUCAUCAUGUCCCCUGUGGGUCAGUAUACUUUACUCUGUCUGUCAUCAUGUCCCCUGUGGGUCAGUAUACUUUACUCUGUCUGUCAUCAUGUCCCCUGUUGGUCAGUAUACUUUACUCUGUCUGUCAUCAUGUCCCCUGUGGGUCAGUAUACUUUACUCUGUCUGUCAUCAUGUCCCCUGUGGGUCAGUAUACUUUACUCUGUCUGUCAUCAUGUCCCCUGUUGGUCAGUAUACUUUACUCUGUCUGUCAUCAUGUCCCCCGUGGUGGCAGCCGUCUCUGUGGGUCAGUAUACUUUACUCUGUCUGUCAUCAUGUCCCCCGUGGUGGCAGCCGUCUCUGUUGGUCAGUAUACUUUACUCUGUCUGUCAUCAUGUCCCCCGUGGUGGCAGCCGUCUCUGUGGGCAUCGGUGUGCCCAUCAUGCUGGCGUACGUGUACGGUGUGGUGCCCAUCUCUCUGUGUCGCAGCGGGGGCUGUGGGGUCUCCACCGGUAACGGGAAAGGAGUCCGCAUCGAGUUUGAUGACGAGAACCAGAUGACCGCAGGGAGCGGGGCGCAAGCUACUGACACGACCUCAGUGGCGGACACCAGGAACAACCCCAGCAUCGGAGAGGGCAGCGUGGGGGGCAUGACGGGCAGUCUGAGUGCCAGCGGGAGCCACGUGGACCGGAUGGGCGCCAUGAGGGACAACCUGAGUGAGAACGCCUCCACCAUGGCCCUGGCUGGAGCCAGCAUCACCGGAUCUCUCUCUGGCAGCGCCAUGGUCAACUACCUGAACAGGUUGGAGGUCCAGGCUGAUGUUCAGAAGGAGAGGUGUAGUCUCAGCGGAGAGUCGGCCACCUUCAGCUUGGGGACAGUCAGUGACAUCACCAGCACCAAAGCAAUGGCUGGAUCCGUGCUCCACUACAGAGACGGGACCAGUGUGGAGGUGCAGGUGGACAUAGAGCCGGGAGGAGCCCUUCCCAUUGGACAGCGUGACUGUGUUACAGGAGGAGCCCUUCCCAUUGGACAGCGUGACUGUGUUACAGGAGGAGCCCUUCCCAUUGGACAGUGUGACUGUGUUACAGGAGGAGCCCUUCCCAUUGGACAGUGUGACUGUGUUACAGGAGGAACCCUUCCCAUUGGACAGCGUGACUGUGUUACCCUUCCUAUUGGACAGCGUGACUGUGUUACAGGAGGAGCCCUUCCCAUUGGACAGUGUGACUGUGUUACAGGAGGAGGCCUUCCCAUUGGACAGUGUGACUGUGUUACAGGAGGAGCCCUUCCCAUUGGACAGCGUGACUGUGUUACAGGAGGAGCCCUUCCCAUUGGACAGCGUGACUGUGUUACAGGAGGAGCCCUUCCCAUUGGACAGUGUGACUGUGUUACAGGAGGAGCCCUUCCCAUUGGACAGCGUCACUGUGUUACAGGAGGAGCCCUUCCCAUUGGACAGCGUCACUGUGUUACAGGAGGAGCCCUUCCCAUUGGACAGCGUGACUGUGUUACUGGAGGAGCCCUUCCCAUUGGACAGCGUGACUGUGUUACAGGAGGAGCCCUUCCCAUUGGACAGCGUGACUGUGUUACAGGAGGAGCCCUUCCCAUUGGACAGUGUGACUGUGUUACAGGAGGAGCCCUUCCCAUUGGACAGCGUGACUGUGUUACAGGAGGAGCCCUUCCCAUUGGACAGUGUGACUGUGUUACAGGAGGAGCCCUUCCCAUUGGACAGCGUGACUGUGUUACAGGAGGAGCCCUUCCCAUUGGACAGUGUGACUGUGUUACAGGAGGAGCCCUUCCCAUUGGACAGUGUGACUGUGUUACAGGAGGAGCCCUUCCCAUUGGACAGCUGAAGCAGAAUAACACCAACCUGCAGGCCCGUUCCUCCAGCCCGUUCCUCCAGCCUGCUCCAGACCUCCUGUAUUCAGACUGACAUCUGACCUAAAAACACACGUUUUGGUUUCACAGAAUAUUAUUUUUUCAUUUCUUCCAGAAGACAAAAGCUUUGAACGGACAUUUCUGUCGUCAGAAGUGUGGAGAUGAAAGUUCAGCUCAGUCAGUCGACUUGUUUUAAUAACAGCAAGGUUGAAGGCUGUUUCCUGUCAUGUGACCCCCCCCCCCCUAUUGCAGUGUUCUGACUGGCUGCUGUCCAACUCCACAAACACACCUCACAAGCAGGAGUGAAGGGGACCCACUGUGCCGCUGACCUCCGGGCCGCUGACCUCCGGGCCGCUGACCUCCGGGCCGCUGACCUCCGGGCCGCUGACCUCCGGGCCGCUGACCUCCGGGCCGCUGACCUCCGGGCCUCUGACCUCCGGGCCUCUGACCUCCGGGCCGCUGACCUCCGGGCCGCUGACCUCCGGGCCGCUGACCUCCGGGCCGCUGACCUCCGGGCCUCUGACCUCCGGGCCUCUGACCUCCGGGCCGCUGACCUCCGGGCCGCUGACCUCCGGGCCGCUGACCUCCGGGCGGACGGUCCGUCAAGCUGGGGAUCAGGACGCAACGUUCAGGAACCUUCAAGCUCUCAAAACGCUGAAAAAGUUGAACUUUUAAUAUGAACCAGGCCACACCCUCCUUACUGUUCUUUUAAUAUGAACCAGGCCACACCCUCCUUACUGUUCUUUUAAUAUGAACCAGGCCACACCCUCCUUACUGUUCUUUUAAUAUGAACCAGGCCACGCCCUCCUUACUGUUCUUUUAAUAUGAACCAGGCCAUACCCUCCUUACUGUUCUUUUCAGUUUUAAAAUGAGUUUAUAAUUAGGCCACUUCUGUUAUGUGAUGAUUUGUACCUAUUAUAAUUCGAUACUAGCCCGCUGGAAGGAAUUUAAAGCCUGGUAGUAGUCUAUCUACGGCUAGCUGAGAGGGACAAACUAUUCUAUAUACGGCUAGCUGAGAGGGACAAACUAUUCUAUAUACGGCUAGCUGAGAGGGACAAACUAUUCUAUAUACGGCUAGCUGAGAGGGACAAACUAUUCUAUAUACGGCUAGCUGAGAGGGACAGAGUACUGUUGCUAGGUAGAAGUAGAGCUGGGUCUCUGGAAGACCGUGGUUUAAACAUCCCGAGGAUGAAUCACGCCGAGGGUUAAUUAUAAUAGCCACAACCCACCAAUCAGAGAGCCACUUCCUUUGAAAUUGUUUAACAAAUAUUUUACAACCUUCAGUAAAAUAAAAGUUUGGUUUUAAAUUAAAAUGCUGAAGAAGCUUUCACUUCACAUAAUAAGAUAACUUUCAUAUCUGUUAUAACCAAUGGUUUAUAUAUACACUAGAUGACUGACAGGGGGCGCUGUGUUGAAGCCACCGUGCCUCCAUCUUGGCUCUCCCCUUUCCAUUGUGUUGAAGUCACCGUGCCUCCAUCUUGGCUCUCCCCCUCUCCAUUGUGUUGAAGUCACCGUGCCUCCAUCUUGGCUCUCCCCUCUCCAUUGUGUUGAAGUCACCGUGCCUCCAUCUUGGCUCUCCCCCUCUCCAUUGUGUUGAAGCCACCGUGCCUCCAUCUUGGCUCUCCCCUCUCCAUUGGGUUGAAGCCACCGUGCCUCUAUCUUGGCUCUCCCCUUUCCAUUGGGUUGAAGCCACCGUGCCUCCAUCUUGGCUCUCCCCUUUCCAUUGGGUUGAAGCCAUCGUGCCUCCAUUUUGGCUCUCCCCUCCAUUGGGUUGAAGUCACCGUGCCUCCAUCUUGGCUCUCCCCUCUCCAUUGGGUUGAAGUCACCGUGCCUCCAUCUUGGCUCUCCCCUCCAUUGUAAAAAAUAAAUAAAAAUGUUUUGGAAGCUAAAGAAAUGCAUUUAUUAAUUAGUUUUUACAACAUGUAUUCCAUUACAGACACCUUAAUGUGAACUUUUACAUUAUAUUAUGUGAGCUAAACAUACAAAUAAAUUAAAAAAUAUAACAUUUUCCUUUUUAGAUUCAUGUUACUGUCCCCAACUACAACAAAAAAUACUUAAAUACAUGUUAUGUUGUCCUUGAAAUGUUUGAUUUGUAAUACUGUAGAAUUCCAUUCAUUCCUAUGGAGGCCUAAUGGAGAGAGCCAACAUGGCCGACCGGUGGCUUCAAAACGUCUCAAUGGCCAAUACAUAACAUCAGCAAUCCAGGGUUUUAUAUACAUUGGUUAUGACUCAUUGUGCCUUUUGAAAAGGAAAAGCAGUUUUUCCUCUUUCUAAUCGUCUGCAUCUCUCCCAUGUCUUCUAGACUUUAAAAACCCUAAAACAACAUAUUUCAGAUGGUCUCUCUGACCAUGCCGGGAGAGAUACCGGACUAGGAGGGCUUCAUAAUACUGUGGGAGACUUACACGUCUUGUUCAAUUGCCUACCAAAGACAGCACUCAGGCUCUUGAGAAGUCUUGUUCCUGGUAACCCUUGACGACGUCUGUUUGCCAUCCCCCAGACUCCACCUGGUGCAGCAUUUCUACACCAUGUGGUCAAAUGUCAAAUAAAAGGAAUAUAUACAGACUGCUUUUUUUGGUGUUUUGUUGUCCAAUACGCUUUACAAAUUCUACGCAAAUAACGGGAGGCCAGAGUCUGCCUACGCACCUGCUGUUAACCAGACUUGUUACAUUAAAUGUACUGCAAUGCUCAGAGUGUAUGUAUGGGGAUAUCAUCAGUUGGGUUCCCCCUCUAUUCCUGUCUGUGUCCCCAAUGGCAGCCUAUUCCCCGACACAGUGCACAGGUAGUGUACUAUAUGGAGAAGAGUGUGGUGUCAGGGCCGCAUGGCGUCUAUUCCGUGUCUCCUGCCGGGCUAUGAAGACACGAAGCUGAAGGAUGACAUCUCUGGACUGAUUUUAAAUGCUGCUGCCUCUCCUCCCCUCACACGUGUUGUUUGAGGUUAUUUCCUGUUUAAUUCUCUGUCCUGUCCAUUUCCUGUUUCAUUCUCUGCCCUGUCCAUUUCCUGUUUAAUUCUCUGCCCUGUCCAUUUCCUGUUUCAUUCUCUGCCCUGUCCAUUUCCUGUUGGUUUAAUUCUCUGCCCUGUCCAUUUCCUGUUGGUUUAAUUCUCUGCCCUGUCCAUUUCCUGUUGGUUUAAUUCUCUGCCCUGUCCAUUUCCUGUUGGUUUAAUUCUCUGCCCUGUCCAUUUCCUGUUGGUUUAAUUCUCUGCCCUGUCCAUUUCCUGUUUAAUUCUCUGUCAUGUCCAUUUCCUGUUUAAUUCUCUGCCCUGUCCAUUUCCUGUUUAAUUCUCUGCCCUGUCCAUUUUCUGUUUAAUUCUCUGUCAUGUCCAUUUCCUGUUUAAUUCUCUGCCCUGUCCAUUUCCUGUCCUAUACUUUAAACACUAGUGCCAGGUAGAUAUUCUAAUUUGUGCAGAAUGACAUCCUGUCCCCAGAUCUGUGUUUGUGGCAAUGACCAAAGGAGUUGGAAAGACGACACAAACAGAUCUUGGACCAGGCUAGAAUUUAAUUUAAGGGCAUCUGUAUAUUAGUUUUGCUAAUUUCCUUUUUUACAAUGUGUAUAAAUGCAUAACCUAAAAAAAUAAAUAUCUCUUAACUUUU